UGAAAUUGCAUUAUCGUUUGAAUAUGAUGCACGGGAUAUUCGGUCUGUGACGGUUGCAAUCUACAGUGCAAGGUCGCCAACCACAUCACUGCUCGACAAGGUAUUUCGGUCGUGGUUGCCCAGAGCUCAGGAGAAUGAGCGCUGCAUUGGUCACUGCAGCUGCUGCUGCUUUGCUGGGACUUUGCGCUGCGUCGCAACCAUCGUCGCACAGCUCAUUUGGAGCUCCCUACAAUCCCAAAGACCAGUCCACUGGUCUGUGCAAAGAGAGUUGGGUGCUACGCGAAGAAGUCGAGUCCGUUGGCCUUGUGCGACUCGAUUCCAUGGCUAGUGAUUGUGUUUUGGAGGUGCUCGCUGCGAUAAUCGGUGGGACGUCACAAGUGUGGCUCGGAUUGCGUGAAACUAGCGAUGACGACAACCUUGAGUUCGCGGCGUUGCAGAGGGUGCUGCGUCGAGAAGACCUCAUGGCGUCGGUGGCCGGCGUCCACGUGUCCAACGAGGACCUUCUCGACCACGAGAAACAUCCUACUUGGCACAAGUUCGCGCAAUACGUUGAGCGCGUCCGGUCGUUCGUGCACGAGAGCCAGCCCACCAUGCCUGUGGUCGUAUCCGAUGCAGUCACGCACUCCAGUCGCCGCGUGAUUCAUGGCACAGGAACCGCGAAUAGCACAAACGGCACCGCAGCAGAGGAAGGGACGAUUCCAACUCCCGACGUUCCAACGCUUGAGCCAACUCCAGAGCCCACGGCAGAGCCAACGCCCACCGAGGGUGACAAUACCUUGGAUGAGUCCGGCGGCGACAACGAAGACGACGCAAGCACCACGGAGGUUACGACAACGCCCGCCCCCACGUCGUACUUUGGCGCAGGAUGUCCUGAAACCGAAAUCCAGCAUGGCGACUCGUCGCGCGCCAUCCUCGCCCGUGUGUGCCCUGGUUACAGUGGUCCGUGCCACUCCAGUGGAGCGCCGACGAUGUGGACGACUGCAGAACACACGCAAUGCCCAAAAUUGCUCCGAAUCGGUGACUUCGUCCGUGUGUGCUGCACUCUUGCAUGAUCAAGCAACGACGAGAUAAACUUCCAUGUUCAAUGCUGUGACUUUUUUCAUAAGGAUGACAACUAGUUGUAGGCUGUAAGUCGGCUUGUACACCCCAUGACGUGUGAGAUCACAUGAAAAUGGGGGGGUGCUGGUAAAGCAGUUGGAAAUUCAGUCGUGGGUGAUUUUGGUGUGUGGA